CGAGGCACCGCAUCGUUACGGAGACGGAGAGGAAGCCGAGGGCUGGAUAGAAUGUCCCCUCCCCUUCAUUUGGUUUAUCUUCUAACCAGACUUGGACAGCGUGUUCUCUUCAACUGUUGGCUGUUCCACCUGGCUAAAACCCGAUGAUCUCUGCUCCGCCUAUCCAUGAGACGUUGUGUUUGCACAGACAUUCUGGUGGGUCGUUAAUGAAAGGAAUGACCAGAAAGAGGCGGCAAUCAAACUGAUCAGGAGACACACGGUUGAGGGAGAGGAGUCUGGCUGUGCCACUUUCACUGAGCCCUGCAUUAGACCAGUUGCCUGUGGGUGUGUAGGUGUGUGCACACUAAUGACCUCUUGGACUCAUAAUGAGAAUGACACGGACCUUGCUGUGACGCUCUAAACUGCCCUCAUUCCCCGGUCUGUCUGAACUGAGUGGUGAUUCUCUCCCUGGGGAGGCUGUGACAACGUGGAGGGUUUGUGCGAGGAACAAGGCAUUGUGCUGCAAACCUCCCCACCCAGCCCCCCGUGAGAAUGGCCACUUCAACUGUAAUGCGCUUUACUGUGGCUGACUAUGUCAUCUUUGCUCUCCUCCUGAUCGUCUCCUCGGUCAUUGGCCUCUUCUAUGCAUUGAGUGGUGGUCAGCAGCGGACGACGCAGGAGUUCCUGUUGGCGGGACGUAGCAUGACCUUCUUGCCAGUCGCACUCUCCCUCCUUGCCUCCUUCCAGUCAGCUGUUGCCAUCCUGGGUGUGCCAGCUGAGAUCUACACGUUCGGCACUGAGUACUGGUUCUUGGGCUGCUCCUACUUCCUUGGGCUUCUCAUUCCUGCUCACAUCUUUGUCCCCAUGUUCUACCGGCUGAAGAUCACCAGUACCUAUGAGUACCUUGAACUGCGGUUUAACAAGGCAACGCGAUUGUGUGGGACACUGACCUUCAUUUUCCAGAUGGUGAUUUACAUGGGUCUAGUGUUGUAUACACCCGCGCUGGCACUGAAUGCAGUGACUGGCUUCGAUUUGUGGGGCGCAGUGUUAACCAUGGGGUUAGUUUGCACACUGUAUACAGCACUGGGUGGACUGAAGGCUGUAAUCUGGACAGAUGUGUUUCAGACACUGGUGAUGUUUUCUGGGCAGCUGGCUGUCAUCAUCAUAGGAGCAAAGGAGGCUGGAGGCAUUGGUGAAGUGUGGCGAAUCGCAAAAAACAAUGGCAAGAUUUCAGGAAUUGACCUGAACCCUGACCCCUUUGAGCGUCACACUUUCUGGACUCUGAGCUUUGGCGGCGUGUUCAUGAUGCUGGCACUUUAUGGGGUGAACCAAGCGCAGGUCCAACGGUACCUCAGCUCUCAGACGGAGAAGCAGGCAAUAUUGUCAUGCUAUGUGGUGUUUCCGUGUCAACAGUUAGUUCUGGCUAUGGGAUGCAUUUUGGGUCUCGUUAUGUUUGCUCGCUAUGGAGAAAAUGGCCCCCUGCAGCAGGGCUAUGUCAACGCCUCUGAUCAGAUGGUUCUUUACUUUGUCAUGGACAUACUUCAGCACUAUCCUGGCCUACCUGGACUCUUCAUAGCCUGCCUGUUCAGCGGAGCGCUCAGCACAAUAUCGUCUGCAUUCAAUUCGCUGGCUGCCGUGACCAUGACAGACCUGGUUAAACCUCAGUAUCCACACAUGACAGAGGCUAGAGCCACACUGAUAUCCAAGUGUCUCGCACUGGGCUAUGGGCUGCUGUGUCUCGGAAUGGCAUACAUCGCGUCGCUGAUGGGCCCGGUGCUCCAGGCAGCGUUGAGUAUUUUUGGUAUAGUUGGUGGUCCACUGCUUGGAAUCUUUUGCCUAGGAAUGUUUUUCCCCAUGGCUAACUCUACGGGUGCAAUCUCGGGAUUGGUAGCAGGAUUAAUCAUGGCAUUCUGGAUUGGAAUUGGUGGUUUCAUCUCCAAGCGUGCACCUCUUUCAUUCGUCAAUGCGACCACAAUCCAAAAUAUUAGCACUAGCUUGACAACUGCCACCAUGACAACAGUCAACCUGACGACAGUAGCACCAAGCAAUGGCCUCACAGGACUGAAGAAGUUCUACUCUCUUUCCUACAUGUGGUACAGUGGGCACAAUGCAGCAACUGUAGUUAUCGUGGGACUGCUGGUCAGUUUCUUAACAGGCCCAGUAAAAGGAGAAGAUGUGAACCCAUCAUUGGUUUUUCCAGUUCUGCGUUAUCUGCUCUUUUUCCUGCCCGAGCGAUGCAAGGAGAAGCUGAGUUGUGGAGUCCGCUAUCAUCCUGCAAGCAGUGAACCCAGCUUGCAGCAUUCUCUCGUGCCAACCAAAGAGCCAAACGGGGUGAUAAAUAAUGAUGUGACGAGGGGGGAAGAGAAGCAGAAGUUUGCAUCUGAACCACCAAUGGAAGUGGAAAUUAGGAAAGAAGACCAGGCAGCAGAGAUCCUGCAAGAGACGUCUUUGUGAGGCUGGAUCCCAUGCGGUUAUGUACUCCAUGAGUGGAUGGUGCUGGGAUAUCCCCCGGGAAAGUGAAAUAGUUGUUCCAGUUUUUAACCAAGGAAAGCCCACAGCAUAUUAAUGUAACCAAUACCUCAUGGAUAGUUGGUAAUCCCGUCGUGUCGUGGUUAGCCUUUACUACAGUUGGGAGCAUAGAUGGACUAGGUGACUCAUUAAUGGGAAGCAGGUGGCCAGAGAAAGGGGGUAAAAUGACCUUAGCUAACUAAUUAUUAUUUACCGAGAUAAAUGUCAGGUUAACUGGCAGUGCAAUGGGAACCACUGGAUUCUACCCAGAUAGGCAAAUGUUGACUGCAGCCUGUAUGUUGAUUCAUUGUUGUUUUCUGAUUGGAAUCUGCUUAUUUUUCACCAGGUCAGCCAUUUCUCAGGAGUUACUUUAAAGCUGGCAAUCGAGUGAAUUCUGGUUUAGACUUGAGGUCUGGGUUAGCAGAGGAGUGACAGGGACAGAUCAGAAUUUUAAAUUCCUCAGGUAUUGAGGCUGCGUCUUGUGUGAAUUUUUGUUUUUGGAGAGAAAGUAGAGUUAACGUUUACCCCCACACACCCCCAAAACCAUUAAUUCUGUUUUCCCUCCACAGAUGCUGCCAGAACUGCUGUGUGUUUUCCCAGUAAUUUCUGAUUUCCAUAUUUGCAGUUCUUUGAAUUUAAACAAAAAAAUUGUAUUUCAUGGUUUUUCAGAGAUAAGAUGUACUAAUGACCGGUUUGUACGGUGACUGGCAGAUGCUGUCCGGCUUCUGCUGGCAGAGACUCCUCUCUUGUGGUUCUGAAAACUUGGAAGGUCUGAUCUCGCUGCUUCUUGUUAUCCCUUUAACCCAAUCAAGAGACCACUGCCCCAUCCUGUCCCAGAGAUUUUUGUUAUUGCUGCUCUGUAAUCCAUUGAGAUGAGAUGCACAAGUGCAGGGUGGUACGGUGGCUCAGUGGUUAGCACUGCUGCCUCACAGCGCCAGGUCGAUUCCAGCCUCGGGCAACUGUCUGUGUGGAGUUUGCACAUUCUCCCCGUGUCUGUUUGGGUUUCCUCCGGGUGCACCAGUUUCCUCCCACAAUCCAAUGAAGUACAGGUGAAUUGGCCGUGCUAAAAUUGCCAUUGUGUUAGAUACAUUAGUCUAGGGUAAAUGUAGGGGAACGGGUCUGGGUGAGUUUCUUUUCGGAGGGUCGGUGUGGACUUGUUGGGCCGAAGGGCCUGUUUCCAUACUGUAGGGAAUCUAAUCUAAUCUACAGCCUCACUGAGUGAAGAUUGCCACCUCUCCCUCCGUCCCUCCUUGUCCCAAUUAUCACUGCCCACCUGACUUACUGUCCUGUAUUUGCUGAUACUCGUGGAUUUGAGACUGUGGGAUAUCUGCUGACUCAUUUCAGUCUCCAGUGCAGCGAAUCCAGUGCUCCCACUCAUUCCAAACGCUUUUUAUUCAUUAGAUGUCAACCUAGCCUUGGUUACACUCAUGACUCAAGUUAUUUUAUUCAUGCAUUCAAAUGUGAGCAUCACUAACUAGCCCAAUAAUUAUUGCCCAUCCUUCAUUGUCCAGAGGACAGCUAAGACUCACCCAUGUGUCUGGAGUCCCAUGUAGGCCAACCUGGGUAAGUAUAGCAGAUCUCCCUCCCUAAAGUGUAACAGAUGAGUUUUUAUGACAACUGUCAUAAAUUGACAGUGGUCAUUGUUAGAAUCCUAAUUUCAGUGUUUUUUUUAAAUUCAAGCUCCAUUAUCUGCAAUGUGAUCAGAUGCCUAGAUCAUUGCUUGGAUGUCUGGGUUACUAGCCCAAUGGCAACACCACCAGGGAUCCAAACACAGAAUCCAGGCUGAUAUUUCUGCUGAGGGGCUGCUGCAUUGUCAAAUGUGCCACUGUUCAUAUGGCACUUUAGAACAAAGGCCCUCUCAGGUGAAUCUGAAAGACCUUGUUUGAUCCAUCUUGAAGAAGAACAGACAGCUGCCUGGUUUCCUGUGGCCAGUAUUUGGUGGAGCAGACUUGCGGGGCUGAAUGGCUUUCCUUUUUUUUAUGAUGUUUAUCACACAUCUAGCCAGAUGAUGACAGCAAAAAUAAAGAGAGAGUAUUGGGAAAGUACACAGCAGGCAACAUCUGUGUUGAGAUGAAUAGAAUAGUUAAUAUUUCACUCCCCUCCCCUCCCCUCCCCUCCCAGCCGAUCCUGCCAGAUACAUAGGUCCCACAUGGUAAUUAUGCCUACCAAGACAGAAAACAUCAAGAACAUCAAAAGUCAUUUUCAGAAACUAACCUGCUUUCAGGCACCUUAUGUGAUUAGAGACCCUUCUUGUAGGUAAAUGGUCUCAGAAUCCCAGGUUAUGUAGAAAAUGUUUAAUGGACUCUCACAAUUACACCUAUGGAGGAUGCACAGAAUGUUCACGGUUAAUGUAAUCUCUCUCACUUUUAUUUCUUCAUUUACUUGUUUUUAAAUUGAGACAGUACUGUCCUUUUGACAUUCUGAUACACUAAAGUUCAGGGAAUGGCUUACUAGAAUCCAGUGGGCACCCUCACUACACUAGUCUUCCCUCGACAUUGGGCCUCCAUUAUAAUAUUGGCCUCUGAGUCGAAUCCUGGGCUAUAACUGUCAUCACACACGUUGUGAGUUCCUGACUCUCCUGCACAUUUGUACGGUUCAGUCUUCAUCGUCUAUUUAAGCACAGGGUGAAAUUCCAUGAAAGAUAAACAAAACACUAUAAAUGCCAGACUGAAAUCUCACCUUUUGCCCUCUUGUGAUCAUUCUGAACUUUCACCUUGUUAAAAAUUACAUUUGCUUCCCAUGUGAACCUUUUUUAAAAGAUUAUUGCAGAUUUGUCAAGCUUGUUUCAUCCUUAAACAUGCUCACACUUGUGUUUGCUUUUAUUACCAUCUGUAAUCCAAGGAAAAGGAGUUCAAAUCCUACCAUGACCAUCUGAAAACUUGAAAAUGGAAAUGAGUCAAUAAAAGGCUUAUGUUAGUAAAAACAAUCACGGAGCUGUUUGUCCUAAAACACAACUGACAACGGUUACAUGGUUGCCAGUAGACUUACUAUUUUUAAUUAGGAAUGUAUGGAAUUCCAACUUCACCAACUACCAUGGCAGGAUUUGAACCCAUGCCCCCAUUGCCAGUCCACGCCACCUCUUUUAUUUUAAAGCACUGAAUGCCACACUCAGACUCGCUGUAACCUUUUAGCUGUUUAAUCCUUGGCCCUUUUGUGCUUGCCCAGCAUUACCAGCUCAACUCUGAAACCAGAGGGACAUUUAAAACUGACAGACCCUUAGCCAUUACUCAUCAGUGAUGAAUAACUCUGAACACAUUGCUGGACUGUGUUUGAACCAGCUGUACUCUAGAUAGAACUGAUUCUAGCAAGGUACAGUUAAUUUAAUUUUAAUUUAUGAUAUACUUAAAUUGUCAGUUAUCUGCAACUUUUAGAAUGAUAUCUGUGAAGAAGAUUUUUUUUUAUUCUGUACUAAUUUUACAAUCUGUCUUUCAAAGUAACCUUAUUGAAUUGUUUGAAGUA